AUGAAGUUCGUUGAGAUGACAGCACAUCAGCUCUGUGUCUUUGCAGCUCGCUCUUGCCGUGCUGCGAAUCGGUCACCGACAUCACAGCUUCUGCGCCGCCAGCGCCGCUGGUCAGCCAGCCUUUCCAACGUUGCUGCGUAUUCGCCCCGACCUCUAAGCCUAACAAGAUCCGCGCGAGCCUCUCACGAAGCUUCCCGCAGAUCUGGUGCGCUGGUUAUUUGA